GAGAGCAGAGCAGAGGAACUGAUAGAGAACUUUCAAAGCUCUUUUUCUACCACCAUCACUCAACUAGCCUCUAUAUUGCAGUCUCAAACUGAAAGUCCUAUAAUUUUUCUAAAAGCUUUAGUGUUAUCUUCCCAUCUGAAAGAUUGUUAACCUCAUAUUUUUCUGUCUUUCUCUGUCGGUACCAUGAGACCCGAGGGGAACCCCUUGGACCUAAACAACUUGCCUGAUGAUUUUAGAGAUCAUGGUAAACAGGCCUUCGACGACAGCUCCUCAUCCGGCUACAGGAAAAAGAAGAGCGGCGGAAAGGAUGGAAAAGACGAGUGUGGGAAGGUCUAUGAGUGUAGGUUUUGUUCCCUCAAGUUCUGCAAAUCCCAGGCUCUCGGGGGACACAUGAACCGUCACCGCCAAGAGAGGGAGACAGAGACACUGAACCGGGCUCGUCAGCUGGUCUUCAGUACCGAUACCCUGGUCGCCCAAGGGGCUCCUCACCUGAGCUGCUGCCAACCAGUCACACCAGGAGGCUACCAUCCAGCAGGCAACAUCGGAGACCCAACAAUGGCUCUCAGGUUCCCGAGAUUCUUCACCGGUUCUCCAUCCACCCAGUUAGCACCACAACCACCUCAAACAUAUUUAUACUCCUCUCCGUCGCGCCCCAUGUCCUUUCCUACGCCUUAUCCUCAACAUCCAAUGAACGAUUACUAUGUCGGCCAUGUUCUCAGCAGUAACCAACAAUGCAGCCUCCCAAACAUAAACUAUGGCGGAGCAGACUCUAGUUACACUUGCAUUGGUGCACCUGUCGGACAAGGGUUUCCGCCGGGUGGCAGCCGGCCGGGCGCGGACUUGCAAGGAUCGGCAGUGGGAGGAGGAGGAGGAGGAGGAGAGGGAGGUUCUGGUAGAGACGGGUCACUGCAGAAUCUGGAGGAGGGAUUGAAUUGGGGCCGGAGCUUUUCAGGGACGACACAGCAACGAUUGGAUCCUCCACCACCGAUCAAUCGGUUUCAAGAUGGGUUCUAAAGAGAGAUUUUUUGAGUGAUAGUUUGAAGUACUACUAUUAAUCUACAUUGACACGCCACCCACAAAGACAAACAUAGAGAGAGAGAGAGAGAAAGAGAGAGACUUAACAAGCUGACAGAUGGGGUCGUGAAAGGAAGGAGAGAGAGGUAUUUGGAUUUUCUUCAGGGAUUAGGACAGCUUUUGAGCUCAUGUAUAUGCUCAGCUACUUUGGCAUGGAGCUCUAUGGGUGUAUUGAAGGGGAUUUUGCAUUGGUGUGUGAAACCCCACUGUUGAAAAAGGUGCAACUAGGCCUGCUGGGACAACAAGUUAGAUUUGAACUGAAACUUCCCAACCGAGUUCGUUUUGCAUGCCACUGUUUUCUCUUUCUUUUCUUUUUUUUAUUAUUAUUCUUAAUUUGUCGAUCAAUUGCCAUUUUUCUUUUUUGUACGUGUUUAAU